AAACGGCAGAACCAGAAGCACCAGAGGCACCAAAGGCAAUAGAGGCACCACUCGACGCGCCAAACCAGACCAAUCGCCUCCUGUACCGUCCAACCCCGAGCCCAUUCUGUCUCUCGCUCCCUCCAGCAGACCUCCAGCAGAUCCCAUCGAAGCCGCCCUUUCUAUUCCCCAGCGUCGGUUGCAAUUGUACAAUAACACCGGCUGUGUGUCGCCUUGCUUCUGCCUCGUUGCUCAAUACCCCCUUGCACCUUGCCCUCUCUGGUUUGUUUUUAUUUUUUAAAACAAGGAAUCCGUCGGUCCGAUAUUUCAUUGCCUCCAAAGCCACACUCACGUUCACCCAUCUCACCCGAAUCACGCUCAUACCUGCCUCUGUCGGUUCUGGCUGUCGUGUUACCGCCGCCAACCUUGUUGCACAUCCCGGGUCCGCAUUGCUUGCGAGUCCUGGCCUCGUGCUAUCUACUGUCACCCAUCAUACAUUGCGGUACAACCCGACCCUGGCCGACUCGCGAACCGCCCACAGGGAACGAAAAGAAUAAAAUAGAAAGGAAGAGACACCCACAGCCCGAUCUCGAACUGCCAACACCUCGGGUUCUGACUCGUCGAGGCGAGAUUGCCCUGCGUUUUAUGAGUCUUAGAAACGGGACUGCAACCACGCGCACUCGUUGUUGACUGUCCUACCGUUGGACACAUCUGACGAGUCCACAUUCCAGUCGCUACUGCGUUGACUUUCUCUCUUCCAACAAUACCAACAAACCCGUCGGGGGCCUGGCCAUGGAGCCGGCGCUACAGCAACGGAAUCCUACAGUCGAAAACAACACGGAGCUGACGCAUGCCCAAACCGAUUCGAGGCCCGCUGCCGCCGCCGCCGCCGACGACGACGACCACCGGGAGACGCCCAAAAUGUUGGCCCACGAUUCCAUGGUGACGGUCAGGCUAUCUGAGCCGCCUGCCUUGACCCUCGAUACCAACGUUGGCCCAGAUUCGCCCCCGAGGAGGAGACCCAGCACUGUUCGAAUCGAAAGAUUGCCAUUUCCGGUCAAAGAAGCAGACGAAGCUGAAGCAAAGAACCUACGUGAGGACGACAACAACGAUACGCCGCAUAGUGACCCGGCGACGCCAUUGCCUGUUACAGCCGCCGCCAAGAGCCUCCAAGACGAGCUGGUGGGCUGUGAGGAGAAGAAGGACGAAGCGGACGAAGCGGACGAAGACCUGGCGACUUCAGUGCAAGCUCCAAGGGACCAGGGGGAACACGAAAGCCAGCACGUUCACGACGAGGACAACGAAGAAGAAGACGAGGACGAGGAGGUAAAUUGGGACGAAUUGCAAAAAUCAGAAGCACAAGAGCCUAGGGACGCAGAUACAGACAGAUCAACGGCCAUGUUGCUGGCUAUGUUGGAGCAGGAAAACGACAAGUUGGCUACGAACCCGAAAAGCAUCAAAGUACAGGCUGUUGAACAAGUCGCCGCUUCCAGUCGCCCCAGACCGCCAUCAAUGGCACAACUACGACACAUGGUUCAUGGACCAACGCCCCCUGCCCUGCGAUAUUCGAUGCUUCCGCCCCCGCCGAUGACCGACCUCGAGUUCUACGCCGCGCUGGUCAAAGACUACCAACAGACGGCCGCUCGACUGCCGACUCUCCUCUCGAACAAGAUCCGCAAAGGCAUUCCACCUCCGCUGCGAGGAGUCGUGUGGCAGAGCAUGUCGGGCGCCCGCGACUCAACGUUGGAAGAGCAAUACGAACGAUUCACUGGCGAGUCGAGCCCUUACGAACCCAUCAUUGGCAAAGACCUCGGACGGAGUUUCCCUGGCGUCGAUAUGUUUCGCGACCCCGAAGGCGACGGACAACGCAUGCUCGGCAGGGUACUGAAGUGCUUCAGUCUCUACGAUACAAAGAUUGGUUAUUGCCAAGGGCUGGCUUUUCUCGUUGGCCCGCUGUUGAUGCACAUGCCCGACAAGCAGGCGUUUUGCGUAUUGGUCCGUUUGAUGGAACGAUAUGAUCUGCGCAGCUGUUUCCUGCCAGACCUGUCAGGACUGCAUGUGCGCAUCCACCAGUUUCGAGAGCUUCUCCAAGAACACAUGACGCCAGUGUCGAAUCAUCUGGAGGACCUCCAGGUCGACCCUGCCUACGUUUCACAAUGGUUCCUCAGCUUUUUCGUCGUUACAUGUCCCCUGCCGAUGCUGUUUCGCAUCUACGAUGUUAUCUUUGCAGAGGGGGCCCCGGAGACCCUCAUGCGGGUCGCCCUAUCCCUGAUGCAGAAGAACCAAGCCCGGAUAUUAGCGUGCACCGAGCUCGAGGAUGUCAUGCAACUUCUCCUUUCGAGGGGUCUGUGGGAUUGUUAUCAUUACAACGCAGACGAGUUUGUCCAGGAUUUUGUCAGUCUAUCAGGCGUUGUCACUCGAGAGAAGCUGCUGCAGUUGGAGCAGGGGUACCGAGACGCGCAAAUCGCUAGCGCAAAUGCGGCGCGUUCCUCCGACGUGACCACUGCAGCCUCCCGAUUCCUCGGCCGCAUUUGGGCUUCCUCCACCAUCAUCUCCCCGAAGUCCUCCUCCACCCUCAGCCCGGGCCUCACCGCUCCGUCACGGCCCAUGAGCAUGUUGCGUAGGAGCACCUCCAAACAGAGCCUGGCCUCCACCCUCAAUUCGAUGGAGGCCAGUUCUGUCAGCGUUCUCAGCUCUGCAUCCACCGAAGCCACCACCGUGUCCCGAGAUUCAUCAAACACUACCGACGACUAUUCAUCCAUCCGCGAGUCAACGCCCAUCCCUGGCGGCAAGGCGCUCCAUGGCAACAGCGGCAAGAACAACAAAGAGAACGCCCUGCAUACCCAGAUCGAGGACCUUCUCACCGCCUUGACCGAGUUGCAACGAAACCACGCCCAGCUCGCGAGCGAACUACAAAAGGAACGGGAACAGCGCGAGGAGGACAAAAAGGCCGUCCGGUCAUUGCUUGACGGGCUGCGCAAAAAGGCCAGCAACGACUCUGUCAGCACCGAUGCGAGCGUCGAUACUCUCAAAGCGGCUGAUGGCCCCGCAACCGAGGCACGCGAGGGAGGCCAGGGAGACGUGUCCACUGCCAAGGCUGGCGGGCAGGAUGGACCCUCGCCAGAGGACCUAUCACAGCUUCUUGAUUCUGUCGAGGAGAGGUUCGGCCGUCAUGGUAGUAGCGAUCGCAGAGUAUCCCUAGGGAGGGAGUCAAGAUCGGAGAUGCAGCAGGAACUACAACAGCUCAAGGACCAGCUCGCCAGUGCGGUGUCGCAAUCGCAGGACUACAACCGGAAGAUUCACGAUUUGGACCAGGAAAUAUCGGCCCUGAAAGACCAAGUGCGCGAAUCUCACUCGCACGCACGCAUCCUGCAUCAAGACAAACAGAGGCUGGAGAAACAAAUACACACCAUGAGGGCGCGGGCAUCGGCCGCCGAAGCGGAUAGUAAUACUCAGCAAGAUGGCGAUGGGCCCAUGCGUAAGAGCUCUGCUAGUGGUGCAAGCGGCCUGAGAGAGUUGAAGCUUGGUAGGAGCAAGUCGACACCGUCUCAAGCUGGGUUGAUCUUGAACAAGCGGUCGUCGUCUCUGCCGAAGCCUCACGACUCGACGCCCCCUCCAGCUACGCAGGCCCCUCUCCCUCCUGCGCCACCACCGCCGCCGCCAAUAGACGAUCAACACGAGGCAUUGUUGCUGGAGCUCGUUCAGGCCAAGACCGCCGAAGCUAUUGCCAGGCAAGAGGCCGAGGAGACCAAGCAGAAGCUGGAAAGUCUGCGCAAGGCUUACGGCGCGGCGGCGGCAGAGACAUCACCGGCGGCGGGGUCGGCUGCAUCAGCCGCCAUGGGCGUUUUUGGUCGCCUCACCGGCGCUGCUACGGAGCCCGCUAAACCCGCCUCGCCCGCGACGACGCCAGCUGUUGCCGGCGCGGCGGCGGCGGGAGGAUUCUGGGGUUGGAGGAGAUAAACGGGGAUCGGCCACGUCAUGGUCACACUGGCGCUUCAGCGCAACAACUAGAGGAGCAUCCGGGGGCAUCUAGAGCAUCUUGCAUCAUGGUUUCUGCGACAGGUACCAGGCCCGUCAGCUCCCCACACAUUUACUCGUUUGCAUUCCGUGGGAGAGUAGACCGAGGGCAUUUUGCAUGCGUGGAAGCGGGUAAGCUGGCUCUCCACGUUGGGAGGGGGAUGUUUUUCUUUAAUAUUCUUCUUCUCAACCCCAAAACCCAUCACAUUGGCAUCCUAGACUGUUUAUUUACUUUUCUUCCAUUCACACCAAACAUGGCACCGGAGUUGAGAAGACUCUAUUAACCCCUACCAUCUCCAACGGGCGAGGCGGAAGGGCUUCGUCUCCGAUCCUUCAUGGCCAGGGGUUUUUGGUUCGUCGGUCUCGUCUGCUAUUUUCUUACUUCCGGGCAGAUGGACAGGAGUUGUUCUUUUUUCCCUAUCUAGUUUCGCCCUUCGCCCUUCGGCAAAGCGAGAUUGAAGUACAGACAGACAGCAGAACAAUCCAAUACGUGAUAUGAAGGCGAAGCUGAGGGGUUCCAAAGCAAUUCACGACAUGAUCAGCUGAUGGCCUGUGAGGCUCGUCAAGGCGGAUGUGGCCCGUACGCAACCCCUUUUUCGUUCGCCCGUUUCGGCAACAUCGUGGAUACUCCUUUCCCCGACAACGUUG